CCGGAGUUCAUCGCUGAAUGCCUGCCUUUUUGCGGCGAGUGUAACUUUGUGAAAUAUGGGCCGGUGCUGUGUUCCCGGGUGCCGUGGAAACUAUGACAAUGGCCCAAAAGUGCGUGUUUACUGCUUUCCAAGAGACGAAGCACUGAAGAAAGCAUGGUUGCGAGCCAUUCCACGGAAGGAUUUCACACCUACAGCGCAUUCGAGGGUAUGUGAACUGCACUUCCACGCAGAUGACUUCAUCAUGACGUUGUCUCAUCAAGAUGAACAGACAGGAAGAACAAUAGAGAUGAAGCGUGAUAGACUGCAGUUGAAGAAGGAUGUUGUGCCUUCUCUGUUCCCAAACUGUCCAAAAUAUUUUUCCGCAACGCCAGCACGCAGUGAAUCGCCAGACACCAAAAAAGCAAGAAGGGAAAAUGCUGCGCUGCAGGAGGCUAUGAGAAGAUCCCUUGAAUCUAAUGAACUAGAACACAAAAGAAACAAAAUUUCAUCAUACGAGGAACUGAAAGCUAAGCUGUCUGGGAUUUGCAACACAACGUUUUGGACUAUUUCUGUCGAUGAACAGUGCGUUAGGUUUCUUCUCAUUGAGAACGAUCCUUCACCUAAUGUGAAAUGCGCCUUGCUAGUUCUCCCAGAUCUAUCACUUUCCGUUUUCCUGAACGGAGUGAAGCUUCAGUCGCUUCCUUGGGGUAGCACUGUGCCAAUUCAAGUAUGUGACACCUCCAGUCUGUCCUUGUUCCUAGAGGAGAUCGAGAAACACUUCCAUGAUAUACCUGGAGUGAUGAAAGAGUCGAAGGAAACUAAAGUAUUGCACUUAGUCAGUUCACUUCUUGCAGACGUCAUUGAGGACAGUGAUACGCCGAAAGAACACUCUGCUUUGUUGAAAUUUCUGGGUGAGCAGAUAACACUUCUUCUUGCGAAGCAGCGUGUGUAUAGUCCAGAACUAUUGGUAUUCGCAAGUAUUAUGAAUUCAAUUUCUCCUCAUGCUUAUCACUUCACAAGAGCUGCAUCAAGAAUUAUCUUGCCCCAUCCUUCCACACUCCGGCGUGUUUGCUCAAAUUACAAAGCUGACCCUCUUCUAGAGCAAAAGCAAACGCACUACCUUUCCUACACUCGAGAACGAGUGAAGUCAAUGCAAGACCAUGAAAAGACCGUCACCCUGAUGAUUGAUGAGAUCCACAUAAAACCAUACUUUGACUACAAAGGGGGCACAAUAGUAGGAUCAUCGGUUCAUUCCACAGAACCCGCCACAACAGCUCAUGUGUUCAUGGUACAGUCGCUCCUUUCUGCAAAUAAGGAUGUCAUUCACAUACUGCCUGGAUAA